AGCAAACACGAUUGCGUGAACAAAAAUCCAUAUCUUAUUAUUCUUUAGUUAUCCGAUAUCCACUAAAAAUUUUCCCUAGAAAAUCUCAUUUUCCAUGAAAAUUCCGGUCCUUACACCUCUAUAUAAAGCUUCUUCUUCUCCUUUUUCUCUCAGUCUCCGCAGAAGUUUCAUAUCUCAGAAUCCUCUUUCUUCUUCUUCUCCGAUUUGCUCCCUACCAAAGCAUCUAGAAAGUAAUCCCAUGGCUGCUUGUGUUGACAAGCCCAGAACAGACACCUCUCAACUUUCUCGCGAUCCAAACAGGUCUAAAACUGACGAUAGUGCUUACAACUAUGUAAAAUUUUUUCGACCCAGUUUCUCCGACAGCAUUUCAUGCAAACCCAUUUGCAAGAAUCAAAUAAAAACUGUGCACUCACGUUCGCUUGUUGAAGAUGUAGAACCGGAAAGCGAGAUUAAAGAAGAUCCAUGGCUUAAAAUGCACGAAGAAGCCAGAUUAGAUGUGGAGCAAGAACCAAUUUUAUCAAGCUAUUACUUCACCUCCAUUUUUUCUCAGAAAUCAUUAGAAAGAGCAUUGGCAAGUCAUCUCUCAAUAAAGCUAAGUAAUUCUACCCUUCCUAGUAGUACUCUGUUUGAUAUUUUUAGUGGGGUUCUUGAACAAAAUAAAGACAUAAUUAGUGCUGUAAAGGAAGAUUUAAGAGCUGUAAGAGAAAGAGACCCAGCUUGCAUAAGUUAUGUUCACUGUUUUUUAAGUUUCAAAGGAUUUUUGGCAUGUCAAGCUCAUAGAAUAGCACAUACCUUAUGGACACAAGGUAGAAAGGUCUUGGCUCUGUUAAUACAAAACAGAGUAUCUGAGGCAUUUGCAGUUGAUAUCCAUCCAGGAGCAAAAAUUGGGCAAGGGAUUUUGUUCGAUCAUGCAACUGGAUUAGUUGUUGGAGAAACAGCAGUAAUUGGUAACAAUGUGUCAAUCUUGCAUAAUGUGACAUUAGGAGGUACUGGUAAGAUUGGUGGAGAUAGGCAUCCAAAAAUUGGUGAUGGUGUUUUGAUUGGGGCAGGGACUUGUAUUUUGGGUAAUAUAAAGAUUGGUGAGGGGGCAAAAAUUGGGGCUGGUUCAGUCGUGUUGAAGGAUGUACCGCCUAGGACUACUGCAGUUGGAAACCCAGCCAGAUUGAUUGGAGGAAAAGAAAAUCCAGUUAAGCUUGACAAAAUGCCUAGUUUUACUAUGGAUCAUACUUCACAUAUAAAUGACUGGUCUGAUUAUGUUAUUUAAAGAGAAAAUUCUUAUUCAGAGUUCCUUUUAUGCCUUUUCUUUUUUUGGUGGGUAUUUGUCUUUUGAAAGUUCUCAACUUUUUCAUUUAUGUUGUGAGAACUGAAGUUCUCCUACUAGAAAACAGAGCAAACAGAGGAAACGGAGCAGAGCUCUGUUCUAAUCUUACCUAGUUAUAUAUGUAUUUGCCUUGAGCGAGUAUUGUAAUACUACUUCUGUGCUGUACUCAUAAACAAAAUGAAAUUAAUGCUGUUAUCGCUCAAUUUGUCGACUCCAA